CGAUAGUGUUUAGUGAGGUGUGCCUCUUUUGAUACGCUUCGGUUACUACAGCAGGCGCGUAAAAUCCACGUUUGGCUUUUCGUGCGCCUUUUUACGCGCAGAAGAUCUUCAGUCAGAGCGAAGUUUUCUUGAUCGUCGCCGACCAGUUUGACUUGUUGAGGUUCCUGCGGAGAGGAGCAGCUAUGGAUUUGGUGUAUCUUGUGUGCUUGGCGCUGACCGCCGGUACUUGGUUUGCCUCCGCGGAGAGACACAGCGUCUAUUGGAACGGCUCGAACCCAAACUUCCUGUGGGACGAGUACACGGUGGAGGUGCGGAUCAACGACUACCUGGACAUCGUCUGCCCCCACUACGCCCACGGCGAGGUGCCGUCGCACGCGGCCGAGCGCUACGUCCUGUACAUGGUGGAGAAGGAGGACUACGAGGUGUGCAAGCCGCACUCCUUCGACCAGCUGAGGUGGGAGUGCUCGCGGCCAUUCGCGCCCCACGCUCCGGAGAAGUUCUCGGAGAAGUUCCAGCGCUUCACGCCCUUCACGCUGGGCAAGGAGUUCAGACAAGGAGAGAGCUACUACUAUAUCUCUAAGCCGAUGCACCACCACGGCCAAGAGUGUCUCCGGCUCAGAGUGGACGUCCUCGGGCACAAAGGCUCUGCAAAGACUCACGCCGACAAAUCCAAGGCCGAGGAGACGGGAAAGAGCUUAGACGGAGGAAAAGGGAAGUUUCACGCCGCGGGAGGAGUCCACAACCCCUCUAACCGGCUCCCAGCAGAUGACCCUGCUGCGAUGGAGCCAAAGGUCCAGAUGAGCAUCGGCAGCUCCGGAGCACAGCUGGCCUCGCUGUCGCUCUUCUUCACCAUGAUCCCGGUUUUAUUAGUCCUGGUGCUGCAGUAAAGCGGGAAGGAACAGAGACUUUGCAAACCCGACGCUGGUCAUCGGGACACUCAGAGACUUUUUUUUAUACAGAUUUUUUUUAUACGAGCAUGGACAGUGCGUGUCGGUCGGUGUGUGUUUUUGAUGUGUUGUUUGUGGUGUGAAUGUGGAGCGUCGAUCGCCCCAAAUAACUUUUUUUUUCCAUUAUGAGGAUGAAAAUUCUCAGUUUUAACCAUUUAAGAUGCACACUUUUGAACAAAACAACGAGCAGAACGAUCAAAAUACUCAAAUUUGAAAAUGAUGGCAAGAUUCCAUCCUCCUCUUUGUCAUUGGUACCACUGUGCAGUUCAUUUUUUUCUUCCUCUACAUGUAGAGAAACUAUUGAUUUUUGUGUAUUGUUGUCGGCAAACUGGUUAUGUAGGAUUUUCUUGUCAUGUUGUGUAGCACUCAGCCCCUGGUCAUACCCUUCACAUUUGUCAAGUUAUGUGACGUUUUUCAGUUCAGUUAUAAGACGAGAAAUCGAGGAAAAGUGGUUCUCAACCUUGAUUUCGCGGCUCAUCGAACCUUGUUGAUGCUUAUUGAUGCCCGUGCAUAAAGUACUAAUUCAAGUUAUUUAAUUUAAAUUCGCAUAAAAAUGCAUUCAAGCUUUUAUAAUUCUUGAAACGUGUAUUUAUUUUUCAUCUUUAAAAGGUCGUGACACGAGGUUGAGAGCCACUUAUCCAGAUCCAAAACUAACAAGCGUUUCAGUUGGUUCUUCGUCUUAUUCGCUCAUUUCUACGAUGCUAUCAUGGUACACUGGCAGAUGUGUGCAGAUGUGAUCCCUCGUGCACGUCGUCAAACCUCAAACUGAAGGGACUUUCCAGAAUCCAUUCUUUUUUUUUAUCUCCUUGUAAACCUGCUUGCGUCAUUUUGUAAAUGUUUAUAUGUAAAUUUGUACAUAGAGAAAACUAUAAGAAACUGUUUUAAGAUGUGAAAUAAUAAAAAAAAAGAUGUGAUGUCAUAAAAAAAAA